AUUCAUAUCUUUGCUCUAUUCAUGGUAGGCUAUGGAAACUUUACUGGAGACGCUCAGGAAGGAGGAAAAAGUGACUGAUCCCUUCAUCGUCAUGCAAGUUAUGAGAUGCUAUUUACAUGCUGGAGACCUUGAUCGUGGUCUUCAAACUUUUGAAGAGUACAUGAAUGCAGGGAGGAAUCCCUUGCCAGAACUAUAUGUGACAUUUAUAGAGGGCGCCAUGGUUGGUCAUACUCCAAGGGGAAUGGAACUUGCUCAAGACAUGCUGGUAAAAAUGAAUUCCAGAAACUUUUUCCUGAACUUUAAACAGGGAAGUGAUCUCCUCCUUGUAGCUGCGCGUGAGAAGACUGGUGGAUAUACAAAUGCAAAUUUUAUAUGGGACUUGAUGCAGGCUCGGAAAAUAACUCCCUCUCUUCCUGCAGUGGAAGCAUACUACAAUGGUCUAAAGGAUCGUGAGAUUCCUGAAGACGAUCCAAGAUUGUUAGUAGUUGCUCGCACGUAUGAUAAUCUGCGUUCAAGAGUACGUACUUAAUUCAAAUGUGUCAUCCACAGUAAUGCUGUUGUCCAGCCAUUUGGAAGGCAUAAAAGGAAAUAUCAUCUGUGCUGCUGAUGAUGAAUGUCUGAGAAUUUUUUUUUUUAGUUGACGUUAAUUGUUAAGUUAAAUGUUUUUACAUGGUAAACCAUGUUUUCUAUAUGUUAAGCAAACUUUGUUUCCAUUUAUUGCAUAUUUUAACAAUAAAGAGAUUUCAAGACU